AUUUUCACAGUUAGAGGGAUGCAUCAAAGGAAAAAAACAAUGUGUACCCAUGGAUUCAUGUACAAAAGAAGAAGCUCAUUGGGCUAUACAAAGAUGUAAAGGACUGGUUGCUGUUCAUUAUAAAUUAAACACUGAAGGAUACAGUAAACUAAUGAAAGAUCUAGAAGAAGGGAAGGUUCGAUCAGGGGACUCCUUUUAUAUUCGCUUGAAUUUAAACAUUUCAAGUCAUCUAGACAGCUGCUCACUUUCUGUAAACUGUGAUGACAUUGUACAUGUUCUUGACACUAUGCAUCAGGGAAGGUAUGAGUGGCUUUGUGCCAGAGUUGAUCCAUUUACUGUUCGAAACAUGGAUGUUGGAACAAUUCCAAGCUACAGC